AACUGACAGAAAACAUCACAGUAUAAUCGAGUUGAACAAGUUUAAACAGCUUUUGAAUAAUCGAAAUUACUUGUUUGAACAGUAUUAGAAUUAGCCAUGUCCAAUAAUGGCCCGUUUCUUUGGUACCGGGAUAAAGAAAGCUUGAAAAUAGGAGGAGUAAGUCGGUAUAGGAUACGGUACAAAAACAUUGACACCAAGAAAACCCAUAUUUAUUUUAGACUUAAGAAUAUUGAAAAGACAUCUAUUAGAGCCAUUCAUUUGUUGAAUGGACCGUUCAUCUUAUAUUGUCAUGUUGUGCCGUAUAGUUACGACCAUCGAAGACCAUUUAAACCAACCGAUGCUGGAAUAAAUAAAGAGGUUGUAUUUGAAAAUCAAAUUAAACCGGGACAAACUUUCAAUGUUAGGUUGGAGUUGAAUGAAAAUUCCUUUAUUGAAAAGAAUGUUGAAGAUUAUCCAGUUUACGGAUGGAGUAUUGAUGUUGUGUCACAAAUUGUUAUAACCAGGAAUACAUCGAUACUAUAUGAUUUUAUGAUUGGAGAUGAUAUUCAUGAGAUGAGAAAUAUUAAUACGGGCGCUUUGCAGUAUUCAUUGAGUCUGAUUAAUCGGGAUUUGAAAAGUGGGACUCUGAUAUUACCAGGAAUGGGUAAUAGUGUGCGUAAUAGUGAUGAUAACCAUGAUAACAAAUUAGGUAAAUCGACUAAUCCAAAUUUAACGAUUGAUAAACAAUUAGUUGAAGAUUUAUGGGCAACAAGGCCUAAAGAUCCCCAUAAACCCAUUCAUUUAGUUAUCGUGACCCAUGGGAUUUUUUCCAAUUUAACUGCAGAUAUGUUAUAUUUAAAGGAUACUAUUGAAUCAAAUGUUGAAGAAAAUGUUGUUGUGAAAGGUUUCAAAGAAAACGCUGGUAAGACUGAAAGAGGAGUUAAGAAAUUAGGCAUUAACGUUAGUAAUUAUUUAAAGGAUUUAAUUAAAACCAUGACUGAAGACCAAGAUUAUCAAAUCGAUAAAAUUAGUUUUAUUGGCCAUUCGUUAGGAGGAUUAGUCCAAUUAUAUGCAAUCAAGCAUUUAUUAUUAACUGAAGGGGUUGAUUAUUUUGAUAAGAGGAAAAUUCAACCAACUAAUUUAACUUUUAUGGCAUCUCCUUUAUUAGGAGUUUUAAGUGAAAUGAGUUUUUUAAUAUCUUGGUUUUUAGAUAUGGGGACAUUGGGUAAAACCGGUAGGGAUUUAACAUUACUGAAGAGAAUUCCCAAUCCAAAACAACUCAAAUUUAAUCUAUCUAAUGAUAUGAAGAAAAGAGGUAAUUUCAAACCAUUAUUAGAGGUUUUACCAGAUGAUCCAUUACAAAACUUUAUUGAGAAAUUCGAAAGACUAACGUUAUAUGCAAAUGCAAUUAAUGAUGGUAUAGUACCAUUAAGAACGAGUGCAUUAUUAUAUUUAGAUUAUGAAGCAUUGGGAGAUGUCACUCAAUUAAGAAAAGAACGAAGAACCACUAAACUUGAUCACACUGGAGGUGAAGAAGUUGGAGAAGUUCCAGAAGAAAACGAAAGAAAACAAGAAGAGCAAAGUCUUGAUGGAGAAGAUGAUAAAAAGGAAGGAACUAAAGAUGGAAUUGCCUCUAAAUAUUGGGAUUUUUUCUGGCUUAAUUUCACAAGUCCAUUCGAACCAAAAACUCAUAAGAAUGGUGGUGUGAAGACAAAUCUUCAAGAUAAGAAGAAGAAAUUAACUAAAAGAGAGAAAAAGUUUUUAAAGAUCACGGCAAAAGGUAACAGUGAAGAUUAUCAAGAUGCUGAUUUCGAAAAUAAAACGUUGAACAUUCCACCUAAAGCAUCAGCAGUUGAAAGUGCCAUAAAUACUGUAUUAUGUCCAAUACCUAAAACAAAAUACAUUUUAGAACCAGAAUCAAGAGAUGAAAUCAUUUUCCAUGAUAAAUUUUAUCAUUUUGAAAACUUACCUUCUAGUAUUAAUGAGGAUUCUAAAGGUAAGAAAGUUUAUUUAAAUUACCACGAUUGGAAGAUGAAUAAACAAGUUAAAAUUGCCAAAAAAUAUCAUACUCCUAAUAUGAAUUGGCGUAAAGUUUUGGUUAGCUUGCCUCCGGAUGCUCAUAAUAACAUUGUUGUUCGUCGAAGAUUUGCCAAUGGUUAUGGAUGGGGUGUUGUUGACCAUUUAUGUAAUGAGCUAUUCGACACCAGUGAUGAUUUAAGAGCUAAAAUCUAAUGUACCAUACUGUAUUUGAUUAUCUACAUGUUAUACUAAUUCACUAAUCUUAUCUACUUGUACAAUAUUAUACUUAUGCUUAUACAAUACUAUAAUAUGCUGUAAUAUAAC